AUAAAAGAAAAACUGAAAAUUUGGCUGUGUGUGCCAUUUGUCAAAGUUUGUGAUAACUAAUAACUGGAGUGUGGAGGUUGUGAGCAACUUUCACUGGUGUCGUCUGGUCUCCAUGCACCUUCUCAAAUUUCCUCGCUCUCCAUCUUCCUUCGCAUCAUCAGGGAAUGCGUUCUUUCUGGUGGGUCAUCAUGUUUUGGACAUAAGAGUGUUCCGUAAGAACCAGAGAUGUUUCAGAGCGUCCAUAUCGUGUUCGGCUGUUAGGAACGGUUCUAUUGAGCAACUAAGUGAUGCACGGCUUAUAUACUCCGUCGCUCCAUCUAUGGGCCACAACCAGGAGUCUCAUCCAGAAUCACAUUUUAGAGUUCCCGCGAUUGUCAAUGCUCUAGAAGAAAUGCAGCUCACUUCCAAGUUCCGUGGCCCAGAGGUAAUUGAACUUCAACAUUUUGAGCCUGCUUCAGUUGAUGAUAUUGCAAGUGUGCAUGCAAGAGCCUAUGUUUCUGGGCUUGAAAAGGUUAUGGAUCAAGCUGUGGAGAAAGGCCUUAUUUUCCUUGAUGGUUCAGGACCAACAUAUGCCACUGCCACUACCUUCCAGGAGUCAAUAGUUGCAGCCGGUGCUGGAUUAGCCUUAGUUGACUCAGUGGUUGCAUGUUCAAAGAUAAAGGGAGAUGCACCCACUGGUUUUGCUCUGAUAAGACCACCAGGACAUCACGCAGUUCCACAAGGACCUAUGGGAUUCUGCAUUUUUGGAAAUGUGGCCAUUGCAGCCCGUUAUUCUCAGCGUGUUCAUGGAUUGAAGCGUGUGUUUAUAAUUGACUUUGAUGUUCAUCAUGGGAAUGGAACAAAUGAUGCUUUCUAUGAUGAUCCAGAUGUAUUUUUCCUUUCAUUUCACCAAGAUGGAAGCUAUCCCGGUACUGGUAAAUUUGAUGAAGUUGGAAGUGGAGAUGGUGAAGGAACCACAUUAAAUCUGCCUCUUCCUGGAGGUUCAGGUGAUACUGCUAUUAGAACUGUGUUCGAUGAAGUCAUUGUACCAUGUGCUCAAAGAUUUAAACCAGACAUCAUUCUUGUUUCUGCUGGGUAUGACGGCCACGUGUUGGAUCCACUAGCUAAUCUUCAAUAUACAACUGGAACAUAUUACAUGCUAGCGUCCAGUAUCAAACAACUAGCGAAAGAUUUAUGUGGGGGCCGAUGUGUGUUUUUCUUGGAGGGAGGAUAUAAUCUGAAGUCUCUUUCAUAUUCCGUGGCAGACACAUUCCGUGCUCUUCUUGGGGACCGAAGCUUGGCAUCUGAGUUUGAUAACCCUAACAUUUUGUACGAAGAGCCAUCUACAAAAGUUAAGCAAGCUAUUCAGAAGAUAAAACACAUUCAUUCCCUGUGAGGUCAAAAUAGAAACUGACAUGACAAGCAUCUAAAUGUCUAGCAUUAAUAAUUUCCUUUUCUGUGGGUUCAAUCUAUAAGUACAUGUCUUUACACUCUUGGGUGGGCAUUCUCCCACUUAUCACAUAGAAGCAAAACCAUUGUACAGGAUUGCUUGUGGUCUUUGAACGAGUCUCCAGUUACAGUUUCUAUAUGCCAUGCAGCCAUAUUGAUCAUGUGGUCAUAGCCAUAUACAUAAAGGAGUAAACCCUAAUUUUAUAUAUUUACUUCAUUGAGGAA